CAUGAGGAGUGCCCUGCUGUUUGCAGUGAUCCUGGCCCUCAGCUUGGCUCGGAGUUUUGGGGCGGUGUGUGAGGAGUCACAGGAACAGGUGGUGCCUGGUGGGAGCCACAGCAAGAAGGACUCGAAUCUCUACCAGCUGCCCCCGUCGUUGCUCCGGAGACUCUAUGACAGCCGCUCAGUCUCCCUAGAUGGAUUGCUCAAAAUGCUGAGCAAGGCUAGCGUGGGUCCUAAGGAGUCAUCACUUCCCCAGAAACGUGACAUGCAUGACUUCUUUGUGGGUCUCAUGGGCAAGAGGAACAUCCAGCCAGACAAUCCUAUUGAUGUGAACCAAGAGAACGUCCCCAGCUUUGGCACCUUCAAGUAUCCCUCCAAUGUGGAAUGAACACUCCACUUCUGGACUCCUGGGCUGCAUCGUGAAGACACCUGUCACCCUCUCCCAAUCCCCAGGUGCACGCACUCCUAUUUCCCUUCCUCUCCCACAUCCUUGUAACACUCCUG